UUUAGAAUAAGCCAGCAAUAUCUUGUAAUACCACAGAACUACGACCCUUUCAUUACCGAAUGCAUUUUCAAAUUCCCCUCGCUGAACUAUAUCAACGCUACUACGACCCUCUCCCCAGUCCAACCAUCGCCACCAUGUCCGAUCGAACCAACAAUCACCACUCAGUUGUAUCUUCGUCCGUCCCGUCGAGUUCCUCACGGCGAUCCGCGUCGUCGUCUGGCUUCUCGGUUGGUCAGGAAUGGACGUAUUUUGAACCGUGCACCCGCAUUACCGCCAUCGGGUUAUGCCAAUUGCAGCCCCCAGCGUACCUCCUACAUCCAGAGUUCGAACAACGCAGUGUGCGUGCUGCUUCGAGACCAGUUCAGCAUCCGGCUGUGGUCGCCGCCGGUGGACGCCAUGCUCCAAGCCGAGCAAUGUAGGGUGACCAUGGCGAUGGACCACCUCGAGCGUUACCGUCGAACGGCAGUGUUCGCGCUGGGGCGAGAUGCGUCGCUGGUUCUCCGAGAGCCCAACGCGGGGGGGCAGAGCGUCGUGUCCGAGGCCUUGUCGAUGGAGUACAUGCACCAAAUGUUUGGUGCUGUGGAUGUUGUGACGGAGAUGCAGAUCCAGUACUGGAGCUCGAACUGGAAAAAGGUGGAUUACAUAUGCACCAUGCACGGCCAGCGCAUUGCGGUGAGUGUGACGCGGGCCAUGAAAUUUCACAAGAACGAACCGUUUACCACCGCCGAUGCGCAAGUGUUGCUGCGAAAGAAGUUGCACGGGUUGGUGGUCGCCAAGACGGGCGUGUGCCGAGCCCAGCGCUACGUCAAGUCGAUUCUUCACAUUUGGUGUCAGACCAAAGCGAUAGCUGACACGAUUGCCACGUGUUAUGAGGCGAUUGUAGCCGAGUUGGAGAUCGUAGAUAACGUCGUCCUCAUGGCCACGGUGGCGCUGGAAGAUGGAAUUUUUGACAACAACUUGGCACUGGUCGAGCCGCAAUAGGGUGUAGCUUAACGGUGACGUCGGUAACUUGGAUGUGUUUUGAUUUUGGCGCCAUCCUAAAAUCCGCGCAUUCAAGCUCCAGAACUGUGUAUUGACCCUGUCGCCGUUCUCAAAAUGAUGGAAGCAAGCGCGUGAAAAAGGAAGAGGUCAUAUUAUUAAUACUACUACUACUGGG